AUGCCUCCUCCGGCAUCCAUGAAUUCCGACCUAGAAACUCCCGAAAAUACUACUGAUUCCUCCAUGGCCAGAACUUAUCGUGCUUGGAAAGGCAAUAAUGUAUUUUUUCUUCAAGGGAGAUUAAUAUUUGGACCUGACGUGAAAUAUAUGAUUAGAACAAUAUUUCUUAUCGUUGCUCCUGUUGCAGUUUUUUGUGCUUUUGUAGCUAGAAAUUUGGUGGAUGAUUUUCCUCAUCACUUUGGUUAUUCAAUACUAAUUCUAGUUAUUAUUAACACAAUCUUUGUUCUGAUUGCCCUUCUAGUGACCUCAGGGAGAGAUCCUGGCAUCGUGCCUCGCAAUUGGUAUCCUCCGGUGCCGGAAAGUUACCGUGAAAGUGUUGAUAUCGAUAUUGAACACAAUCGAUCAUGUAACUUACCACAAAUCAAGGAAGUAAUUAUCAAUGGAAAAAUUGUUAAAGCAAAACAUUGUGAUACAUGCAUGUUAUAUAGACCUCCUCGUUGUUCUCAUUGCUCAAUUUGCGAUAAUUGCGUGGAGCGAUUUGAUCAUCACUGCUCAUGGGUUGGUCAGUGUAUUGGACUGCGAAAUUAUCGAUUCUACUACAUGUUUGUUUUCUCUACAAUGCUUCUAUUCCUAUAUAUUCAUGGAUUUUGCUGGUUUUACAUCAAGAGGAUCCAAGGCUCGGAAGAGAUAUCAAUUUGGAAAGCAAUGAUCAAAACUCCUGCUUCCAUUGUACUGAUAGUGUACUCCUUCAUUGCGGUUUUGUUAGUUGGAAGGCUCGUAGUUUUUCAUACAUAUCUAAUCGGCGCAAAUCGGACUACUUAUGAAAAUAUCAGAUACCGGUUUGAUGAACAAGUAAACUCGUAUAACAAAGGUGUAAUUGAGAACUUCAAAGAAGUGUUCUUAUCUUCAAUUCCUCCAUCCAAAAACAAUUUCAGGUCUAAAGUUUCAGUUCCUAAAGAACUAUCGAAAUCAUCGAGACGAAAGGGUGUUGAUUUAAGUGAAACAUUUGUGCAUAUUAGCAAAAAAAUAGAAAUAAAUGUUGAAGUUUUUGAUGAGAUAUAUGAUAGAGAAUCGAAUUGGAUCACUGAUGAUAGUAGUAAUGAGCCUGUUGACAACUCAACAAAAAUAGCUACACUUGCAGAAAAACUCAAAGAAAAAGAAGAAAGUGAUGCUUCCAAUAUAUUCAUUUACUUUUGA